AUGCGUACCGCCUUCUUCGUUAGCGCCUUGGCCAGCACCGCUUUUGCUGGCAUCGUUACCCAGAUCUCUGAUGGCCAAAUCCAGGCCCCUGUCACCGAGGCUUCUUCCUCUGUGAUCGCAACCUCUGCACCCAGUGCCGCUGCCUCUGUCUCUGCCGUCGUCGAGUCAGUCUCAAGCGCUGCUGCAUCAAGCGUUGUUGUCUCUUCCAUUGCUUCGGCCGCCGAGUCGAGCGUCGAGGUCUCUCCUGCCGCUGCCUCCUCAGCUCUCUCCACUCGCAUGCCCGUUCCCAUCAUCAACGCCACAACCAUCACUUCCGACUCGGCUGUCAGCACUGCUCCUGCUGGUGUCGUUCCCUCCGCUGGAGUCAGCACUGUCACCGCUGGCGGUAACUCGACCAACGGUACCAUCUCGACCCAGAGCUUGAAGGCAUCCUCCACUCUGGCUUCAUCCACCAAGAAGGGUGGUGCCUCAAGCACCGCUGGAUCCUCUGCCAGUGCAUCUGCCUCUGGAAACGCUGCUGCCAGCGUUCGCCAGACCACUACUGGUAUGAUGGGUGCUCUCUUCCUCAGUGCUGUUGGUUACCUCGCUCUUCAAUUGGGUCAUGGCGUCUCCUGCAAAGGGUUGGGAACUUACGGUUAA